UGCAGAUGAGCUUCUCUGAUACGGUUUCUGACAGUUUGUGCAGAAAUUCUUUAGUUUUGAAAAUCCACAUUUUCAUCAGUUGUCCGAUGGCUGGACUCAGACGAUCCCGCUGUUGCCAGAUCCGGAGGUCCGGGCUAGCGUGGUUACAUGUGGUCUGCGGUUGUGAGGCCGGUUUGGACGUAUUGCAAAAUUCUCUAAAACGAUUUUGGAGGCGGCUUAUGGUACAGAAAUUAAUUGCAUGGUCCCUCAAAACUUGAGACAUUCGUGGCAUUGUGUUGUGUCAAAACAAAUGCCUGUGUGAACAGAGGAUAAGCUACCCCAGGGCCAGUUUUAGCCUGGGGCUAAGAUAGCCUGGGGCUAAGAACAAUGCAGUGUGAAAAGGCCUUUUGGGAAUGGGAAUGUGGGAACUGCCAAAUGAGAUCUGUUUCGACCAACCUGGUCUCAGAGGAUUUCGUAUUAUUCUGCCGGUGGUGGCUGGUCCCCUGCAGGAAGGAGGUCCCUCCGCCCUCUCUGGACAUCGAGGGGUCCCCGGCGUACACUGUACGUUCUAUUCUGGACUCUAGAAGCCGGAUGAGGAGCCUACAGUACCUCGUGGACUGGGAGGGGUACGGUCCGGAGGAGAGGUGCUGGGUACCGGUGGGGGGACAUUUUGGACCCAUCACUACUGAGGGACUUCCACCGCCUCCACCCGGAUCGCCCUGCGCCUCGCCCCCCGGGUCGCCCUCGAGGCCGGUGGCGGUGUGCUGCGGGAGCCGCGCGUCAGAGGUGGGUACUGUCACGACCCCCACCGAAGGUGGCUCUCCUGUCUGUUCGGGUGGCGCUCGGGGGUCGUCGUCACCGGUCUACUAGCCCCCACCGAUCCCCUUUUCCUUUUCUGUUUGUUUGGUCUUAUUGGUUGCACCUGUCUCUUAUUUUGUUUCUUGAUUCAUGUCUAUUUAAGCCUGUUAGGCCCGCCAAUUUUUGUGCGGGAUUGUUUUUCUGUUAGUCAGGUUGUGCGUGUUGUGUUCCUGUCCGUUUGUGCCCUGUGUUGGGUUGGACUAUUUUCUGACGAUUUUUUGCCUGUUGUUUUGGGGCGUUCGUUUUGGGAAUCCUAAUAAAGUCACUUUCCCCCAGUAUCCUCUGCUCUCUGCAUUUGACUCUGCACCCACCACUCUAGGCGAUUGUGACAGUGACGAAUGCAUGGAUGUCUCUGGUCUGCAAAAUGGGUCAACUUUAAGCACUUUUAUCACCUGAUAAAGGUGCUAAAAGUUAACUAAUUUUGCAUUCCCCACCAUACCAGAGAGAAAAAACAUUCAGGUCCAAAAAGUUACUUUUCUGACCACUUCUUCUAUGGGCAAACAUGUAUGGGAAAUUUUGUUUAAAACAGAAGGGAUGCUGUCAAAAAGUUAUUGAAUUCAAAUGGGUUUACCUUUGAGCUUUAAAACUGCAACCUUUUCUCUCUGCCUCAUGUCAAAAUGUGUAGAAUUGCAAGAUAUUAGCUUUAAAGCUGCAACAACAAAAAAUAUCUCUGUCCCAUGACAAAAUGUGUAAAAUUGCAGGAAAUUAGCUUGUAAACUGCAAAAUGUUAUUUCUGAUGCCAAGAGGUAGGCCUUUCAAAUGUUCAUUUCCAGGGCAGGCUGGCUAUGCACUGCAAAGUCAUAGUAAAACUCUUCCUAACCUGCUGUCACUCCCCCAGUGCUCUCUCCCGCUAUCUCUGUGUGAGUGGAGACAGGUGUGCUGGAGGCAGAGCAGAUCCCCACCAGCUGCAACCUGUUCCACAAUCAAGGCCUCUACAAAUACUCAGCCCUGCCACUUCCACACUGCCAGUUCGUAGCCUCUGCUCAGUCAGUCUUUGGGUCAAGUCCUGUUGUUAUCCCGUUGUGCCUGUUUUUACCCUAGCCUGAUGCUGCUUUUCUCUCUGCUACAGUUCCGUCUGGUCUGAAUCUGGUCCCUGUCUCCAGUCCCUCGUCUCGUCAGUCCUGCUUCCCUGCCCUGGAACCCGCUCUACUGCUUCCUUGGAUUCUGCUCCAGACCUGCUUACCCUGCCCCUACUCCCCUUGCCUCAGCCUCAGGCCUGCACCCCAACUCCCCCUGCUUUUCAAUAAAUACCUUAGUUACUUUAUCCCUGUCUCCUCGUCUGUCUGCACUUGGGUUCACCUGCUCCGCCCCACGUAACACUCGAGUUUGUUCUGAUUAUGAGCGGGUCCCUGAUGAAUUUGCUAUCACAAAAGGGGUCCUGAGCCCCAAAAUGUUUGAGAACCCCUGGACUAUGUUAUACCAUAUAUCCGAGGACAAAUGUAGCAACGCUUUUGUGCCAUGGGGUGUAGCAGCAGCACAGUGCCAACUUUCCAAAAAAAGUAUUCCUGGAAGAAAGAAACCUUGAGAGGAACCAGACAGAGGGGGGGGCAUCCUCCAUUGGUUUAUCAUCCUCCUCUGGCUGCAAAACAACUGUGUGUUGUGGCAGUGUUACCAAGAGACCAAACCAUGACCAAUCACAUACUACUCUGAUUCAGCAAUGGGCAAAGGGAGGGAAAUCAAAUCAUUGACAAAAAAAAUAAAAAAAUAUUAGUAACUCACAGAACCUGUUCUACGGAGUUAAGCAGGAAACCAACAGGAUCAGGUCAAGGAAAACCCCUUGCAUUACACUAAUUCUGGCCCUCAAUUUACACACUCGCCUCUCACCAUUGUAAAACACGUUGGGUUUUGGCUGCUAAUGGCCAGCAUAAAUCGAAUUUGAUUAUAAUGAAGAGCAUGGUCCUUGUUAUACAGCCAACUGUAUCUCUAUGGGGGUUUACACCUGCUCAUCAUGACCAGCCCUUGGCUUGAAGAGGACAACUGACUCACACUGUUAUUUUAACAGUAAUAAUCAUACUAUUUCUAAAUCGAACAAGCACAUCAACACCCACAAUGAGACAUAACAGGGGGAAGUGAGAGGACAGUUGGAAAGAUUUGUAUGACAUUGGAAUGUUGCUGUCAAACAUUGUUGGCGUGCUGGCUGGGAGGCACAGGGUUGGGGCAUGAUGUGUUUGUUCUCUCUCUGCCUUACCUGUCGGUUUACAAAAUAGGGAGGCAUAGGAGAGGGGGCGGUGGCCAUUUUCUCUCCCUCGAAGUUUUCACAGAAUCAUUGAGGAUUCAGUAAUACACCUGUCGUUAAGCCGAAUUAAUAGAUUAAUACGUUUUUUACGCCUGUCUAUGGAAGCUCCUGCUUAACAUCAUGUGUUAACGAUUCUUUUGGAUAAUAGGCCGACCAAUAGGACAUCAAAAUGAAAAAGUCAACGUUUUUUUUGGGUCGAAAGACCCAAUCUCUUUUCGACACCAAUAUUAAAGUCAAGGAGAUGGACAAUGUUGAGCUGGUGUUGGAUUCAUCAGCCAUUCCUGAAUCAGGCACUGCCAAAGUAAGGAACAGACCCACAGUAAAGCACUUCACGUCCUCCUCUGAUAUUGUACAAGGGUUUAAUGUACCAACGCCCAAAGUUCCUGUCCUCCCCCCUUUCAACAGACCAAAGUUCAACGGGGCAGUAAACGGCGAACGGUUGUCCAAUGGAUCUGCUAUAUCUGUACCUGAUUUGGUGGAUGGAGAGAUAUUUAUUCCACCUCCACCUUCGAUGGCCCCCCCACCCCCUCCACCCAUAUUCAACCCUCCCCCACCAGAUUUCUUGGGUGACCUCGACUCCAUUCAGCCUCCCUCCAUGCCCCCUCCAAAACCCCCAUCAAAACCACCAUCAAAACCACCAUCAGUUGCCCCCUUUGAAGGGGACAAGAAUGUUUUCACCUCCAUGAAACUUCCACCUAUGGCCCCUCCGAAGCCCCCGUCAACUUCCUCCAGUGCUUCUAGUUCCUCUUUGUCCAGUUCUACACCACCACCAACCACUGUCCCUGAUAUCACAGAGCCCCCAAAGUUUGCCCCUCCACAGCCCCCUACAGACAUGAGGCAAGCUGCUCUGAAAGCCCUGAAGACACCGCCUACGAAGCCAAUGAGGCUGUCCUCCAUCCCCAUUAUGUGUGAACUCCCCCAGGUUCCAGCCCCAGCACCCCCUGUACAGAACCCUAGGCCUUCCAGCUUCAACCCCCAGAACACAGCUAAGCUCUACAGUGUUCCUAAGACCGGCAUUCUAGAUAGGCAGGUGGAAGGUGAAAAUAGGCACAAGCAGAUCCUACUGCUGCAUGACCCUGGGUCUACUGACUCCAUCCAUGUCCAGGUCAAUGGGACAGCCCCCUCUGUGGCACCGCCAGUUAAGCCAGCCCGGAGAAACAGCUCGGGUAUGCUGCUGGAGCAAGACCUGAAGGAGUUAAAGGAUAAUUUUCAAGCCACCCUUCAAGGCCAACCCACCCCACCUGAGACUCGGGAGGAAGUAAAAGUGGAGCCGUUGCCUUUAUUAGCACAGCAGGCUAUCAACAAACCUGCCAAAACCCCCACUAAAGCAUCACCAACGCUUCAGGUGAUCACUGCCCCUGUAACCAUAGAGGCUAGCCAGGUCAAACACGAAGUGUCUCCAAACCGGAGUCGCAAGUUCAGUCCUAUGCUGGAUCGUAAACUGCGCAACCUAAAGUUCAGUGCGGUCACUGGGACGAGGGAGGGUCCUGCCACUUCCCCCCUGGCUCUUCUCAUGGCGGCUAAAGAGCGAGAGAAGCACAGGUCCACUUUGUCACACGAAAACAGCAAAAAGAGUAAUGAGCCAUCCACCAGCAUCCAGCACAGCGAAUCCAAUCCCAAUUCUUUCACCAUCGUCCCCAGGUACACCUCAUUCACUUCUGUGACCUCACAAGAUAAUCCACAGUCUGUGGUCCCAGUGCAGCCCCCAGUGGUGAUCCAGACUCCAGCAAAACCCCAGAUCAUUGAGUCAGUGGUGGAAAAGAGGCCAAUUGUAAAUCCAGUAUUUCAGGGGCUCCUGGCUGUGGAGAAACAAAGUGGAGAGCAGAGGAUUCCUUCCCCCUUUAGCCUUGUCAGGAAUGAAGAGAACAGGGAGGACCUAUGCUUGCCAUUACUCCCUCCCCCUCCCGAAUUCGAUGACCAUGAUGAUGUCGUGGAGUCUCCCCCCAGCUCGCCUCCACCUGACCCUCCCCCGAAGAAGGUCCUGGACCCCAUUCCCACCCCUGUCCUUCCAGUCCUGCCCCCCACUGCCGGCCUUAUCAUUCCUGUCAAAACUCCCUCCCCUGCGCCCCCCCCUCCUCCAAAACCCAAACCCCCAAGCCCUCCCAAACUCCUGUCUCCCGUCAUGGAGGUCAAACCCAAGCUACCUGUUCAGACCACACCCAAGCCACCUCCCACCCAGGCGCCCUCCUCCCUCUCAGCCAGCCAGGCCACGCUCCUGACCAUCCUGCAGAAGAAGAUGCUGGAAAUGGACCACAAAAUGGACAACAAAAUGCUGGCCAUGAAGACAGACUCUGAUGACUGGGGUUCUCCCUUGUCGGAGGAGACCAUGGUCCCUGUUGUCCCCAGGGUCACCCCGAAGACCCCUGUUAUCACCGCAAAGAGCAAGAAUGCCACCCUGUCAGCCAAAACACAAGGCCUGGACCUGAAGGAGCUGGAGACUAAAAUGGCCAUGAAUUCUCAGGCUUUGUCAGCUCCAUCAAAAGUACCCAUCAGCAAUGGGCCACAGUCAAAGCAGGCGUAUGGCAUGACUUUCAUGGUACGACCCGGAACCAAACAACCAAUAACUGUUGUCAGCAAAGGGGUCUCAUCAUGAGAAGCCAACUCCAAAUUAUACCACACAUACAAUUUCAUUCAAAUCAAUUAAAAUAACUUUUAUUUCCUGAGAGGGAACUAUAUGUGGGGUGACGGGUCUGUACAAGACAAAUAACAAUAUAGAACACAAAAACAUGUAGUGUAAUAGAUUAGGAGCAAUCUAUGCAAUCACAUGCAUAUAUACACAUACAAUACCAGUCAAAAGUUUGAACACCUACUCAUUCAAGAGUUUAUUUAUUUGACUAUUUUCUACAUUGUAGAAUAAUAGUGAAGGCAUCAAAACUAUGAAAUAACACAUAUAGAAUCAUGUAGUAACCAAAGAAGUGUUAAACAAAUCAAAAUAUAUUUUAGAUUCUUCAAAGUAGCCAGCCUUUUCCUUGAUGACAGCUUUGCACACUCUUGGCAUUCUCUCAACCAGCUUCAUGAGGUAGUCACCUGGAAUGCAAUUAAGUAUACUGUAUUAUGAUUUGUUGAACACGUUUUUGGUUACUACAUGAUUCCAUGUGUUAUCUCAUAGUUUUGUCUUCACUAUUAUUCUACAAUGUAGAAAAUAGUACAAAUAAAGACCCUGGAAUGAAUAGGUGUCCAAACAUUUGACUGGUACUGUAGAUACAAAUGAAAACAAGAACUACAAGAGUUGAGGAGUUUUAUGGAUGUUGGCACAAAACUAGAAGCUGCCCUCUUAGAUUUAUAUGCCAGAGAUCUAUGUCUGAGGGUAGGUGGCUAUACUGGUCAUUGAGUGUGUGCGUAAUGUCCAAGGCUAUUUGUUCCCACUUCUUCCUCACAAUUUUAUAUUUAUUUAUAGACGUCACUGAGGGGUUCCUGGCUUUCUCCAAUGAUUUUUAGUACCCUGUUCAACAGUAUCUUUGACUGCUGCAGUUAAAUCAGUGUGUGACAGUAUACAUUGCCUUAUUUUUUAUCUUAGGCUGACCUAAUAGAUUUAAAAACAUCUGCUUUCAAACUAGCAGCUGUAAAUUGCCAGUCUUAACAUAUACAGAAUGCGUGCAUCAAAAGGAUGUUUAUAUAAAUGUCUUGACGUUACUAUAAAAGGACGUAGAAAUUGUUUUGCUUAUAGGUUGUGAGUGCCACAGUACCUGUACAUACUGUAUAUGUUAACAGCAUAAAUGGAAUUGAAAUGUAGCCUACUAGAAUACAUUUAGAAGACACAUACUGUAUAUAGUUGACUGUACUAAACUUGUUCCAUACAAUGGAUCACUAAAUAAAAGCAAAACAGUUGUCAGGCAUUUGCCACAUAAGGACAUUAAAAAUGUACUUUUACAUUUGUGCUGAAGUCUAGCUAUUGCGUCAGUCAUUAUUAAAGCUGCUCAUUAUUAUAUCUCCAUCCAAAUGUAAUCUAAUUAAAACCAUGAUGCGUCAAAUACUGGAUGUGAAGAAAACUUCAGGGUUGGUAAAUGACAUUAGAGGAAGAAUAGUGUUCAUCUCUCCUGACUGGAGUGUAAGUGGACAUAGCCACCUAAUUUUGGUAACGUUGUCAUGUUCUUUUAGAAUGUUUUAGCAAAAAAAAAAAAAAACACAUUCAUUAACGAUUGAAACUAUAAUUACCCUGGAUUGUCUUUUAUGUGGUGGUCUGUUGGAUUUCUCAUUGUAACAUAAAAUUAUGCAAAAUAUACCAGGGCACAGACCACUCCUUUGGUUAUUUUUUGGGGUUAUGUAAUAAAAUCUAUUUUUAAAGUCA